CUCAACCCUAUUUCUCCGUCUUCUUCCUCCACAAUACCUCACAUCUUAGCUGCUAGAACUCAUCUCCGUGAGGCCAUGCCUAGAAACAGUUCUGGCGUUAUCACUAUCCCUCUAAAGCUACUGGUGGAGAUAUUCGAGAAACUUCCUACCAAAUCCCUAGCGAGAUUUCGAUGUGUCUCGCAUCAGUGGGAAAGUAUUAUCAAUAACUCCAUAGUCAUCGACUCGAUCGUGACACGGCGAUUGAUUCAACCACCCCGCCGUGAUCCCCACUUCUUCUUCGAGACGUGUCGGUAUCAACCACAGCAUGAUCAUCCACCUUUUACCAUCUUAUCGUAUCAUCAAGUCACAGACGAAGAACAACACUAUCACGAGGAGAUCAUUGGCGAAGGCUAUCUGAUAGGCUUUCAAUACGUACGUGGCUUGAUAGGGUUUUGGUGUUCAGAUAAUCUUCAGUACUUCAGAAUACACAACCCUACAACAAGGCAAUCUCUUUUCAUACCCAAUAUUAAACGUUUACCGGGAAGCUUGUUUUACUUAUUCGGGUACGACCCUUUCAAGAACCAAUACAAAGUAUUGUGUCUAACACAUAACCUACAGGAACAGUCUCUGUCUUGUACUGUUUUCGUAUUGGGAGAUGUCUCAAAAGAGUGGCGGGAGAUCCAAUGCAGCAUUGGAUUUCACUUCCUUUUCAACCAACAAGUUUGCAUCAACGGGGCAAUCUAUUACAAGGCAAGGGACGCAGACGGGACUCAUGUUUUGGCGAGUUUCGAUGUUAGGCAUGAGACAUUUAAUCAUGUUCAGACUCCAGAAAAUCUGCUGGCUCAUUAUAACCAUGACGUUUCGUCUUUUGUGAACUAUCAUGGGAAGUUAGGAUGCAUAUGUCCAAGCAGCUUCGUCUGGAACGAAAUGGACAUGUGGGUUAUGCAUGACGCUGAGAAACAAGAGUGGUCGAAGAUUGAUACAUUCGUAGACAUGUUUCAAGGUUUACCAAGUUCGGAUAUCAGAUUUGCGGGUGUCACUAAUCCUGGAGGCGAAAUCGUUAUGGUCCAUAAAGAUUAUCCCAGUGAGUUGGCACUAAACGUUUAUUAUUAUGAUACGAAACAAAAUGGUCUUAGGAGAUCUGAAAUUCAAACUACAAGGCCUAGUGAAACUACCAGGCCUAGUGAUCAAGUUACAGUCAGGGCUGUGACGGAUCAUGUUGAGAACAUCAUGAGUUUUGGAAUACUAGAUACUAUGCGACGUCUUUCAUUAUUAUGAUUAUUUUCACAAUUUAUAUGUGCCAUGUCUCGUGUUGUUAGACUCUGGAGGAUAAUAACUAAGAAGUAAUCAUCAAGAACGUUAACAUCAGCUGGAAGGGAAGUUAUUUGUUCGUUUUGUUAAUUGCUUCAGUGACCAUACUGCAUUUCGUUUUUUUUUUUAAUUAUUAUGGUAAUUUCUUUUUAUCUAGUUUCAUAUGACUCUUGUAAUCUGAU